AUGACCGUAAGCACACGGCGGGUGGCCGACGCACUUCUCGUAGAGGAUUUGUUUGACGAGCCGGCCGGACUUUUUGACGAUGAAGGGCCGUCUGUAUACUCCCAGAUAGAGCAGCAGGACCUCACCGGGAACUCGCGCAGCAAGACACAAAUCAUUGAACCCUCGAGACCGACCAAGCCUGCACUUCAAGAACAUGCAACCAAGGACCCGGCGGGCAAGACCAAAAAGACCAAACAGAAGAAGGAACAUCAGGUUCAAAAUACCGUGUUUGACCAAGCGAUGGAGCGUCUCAAGAGCAAGAGACGGCGCACGGAAAUUUCCGAUCAAGACGCGUCAGAUCGGGUCCAAAAUUUGCUGCAGAACAUGCGGGACGCCUACGAUACAGACGUCGAACAUCUCCGUCAUGGCCAACCAGCAGUUGCCAAGCUGCAGUUAAUUGAAACGGUCGUCCGCGAAGUCUCCAAGCCUGUCUUAAACCCACACUUCAUGGCUGAUGGAUUUCUGGAAGCGUGUGCGCUCUGGCUCCAGCCUCAAGUGGAGGGCCAUCUUGCCAAUUUUACCAUACGCCGGCAACUACUAGCGCUCCUCAGCAAGGCUCAUAUAACUCCAGAGCGUAUGACGGGCAUCGGUCUAGGGGAGAGGCUUGUGCAAAUGUGGAACCACCCAGAAGAGACGGAGGCGAACCGUAAACUGAUUCGCAAGAUCGUAAUGAUGGUUGCCAAUCCCUUACUGAGCCGGCAAAAGUGA